AUUCCGCACGCAGUGAGUCCAUCAUCGCUGGGGAAUGCGUAUUCCAAUCUCCCGAUAAAAAAGAAAAAUAAAAAAAGACAUAGAGUCCGUACAAGUGUUUUAAUUGUAUGCCCGCUGCACUUAUCAUGGAUACUUUUUCCUCCAUUUUUUCAAUUGAUAAAUUGGAGGCGUCGCCGGAUCGGGUGGCGACGACUGCUCAAAAGUUUUAUGAGCGUAUCAAGUGCUAGUGGUGUGUGGAUGCCCCGGGGGCAAAUACUUAGGUGAUUCAGGACCAGUCUUUUCAAACUGACACGUCAGCUCGACGAUUACUCAGUCCAAAAGAACAGCAAUUAAACACACGAGUUGAUUAUUGUCAUCGAAUAUCGCGAAUUGUAACGCGCGUUAAUCAUCUACUCGCGAAGUUGAUCGUUCGCGCGAAUGAAUUGCAUCUGGAAUUGUCGUGAGUUGUUCCAGUGACGAUGAUAAUGAUGAUGAUGAUGAUGAUGAUCUCGGGAUGAGGGUCCCAGAAAUUGUCAAUAUCGCUGAACUUUUUGGGGGGUAAUUUUUGGUGAUUAAUCACGCCAAGUGUUUUGUGUUGUGCUGAUUGUCGAAUCGAAUGAUGACUAUGUUUGGGACUUUGGUGCAGAGGCUGACGUCUCCGGUGACGUCUCCGACGAGCUCCAGGAGGCGAUUUAAAUCGCCAUCGAGGUGGGAGGUUCAGAGUGAUCCUGAGGAUGAUGGGGGCACGACUGUUAGGAAGUCGAGGGCAAAGCAUUUGUUGGAUAAGAGGAAGAGCAAGAGUCGGGCUAGGGGGCUGAAUGUCGGGGAGGCCAGGAUCUGUCCCACGGCGCCUAGUGCUGGUAGCUGGUGUGAGCCUGCAUUCCCACUGAGAGGGACUAAAAGCCUCGGGAGGCUCGAUGGAAUGAAAGAGGUUCAGAGGCUGGCUGAGUACGAGAGAUACCUGGGCCACGAAUCCCGUGAUUUAUCGAGCUCAACCACAAACAUAACAAGCGGAGUACCGCGUGGACAGUUGGAUGGUGACCUUCACCGUAUCCAGGAUCUUUUUCCCAACGACAACCUGCGUCUGCAUGAGAGAGACGUACUAACUACGAAGCCGAAGAGUUUGGUGAGGAAGAGGAAUGGCACGAAUGCUAACCGAUUGAGUCGAGCAUUAUCCCAAAAAAAUCUUCAGUGCGUCGAGACGCCGUCGGGUGCGCCCAAGUCGCCGCCCAGAAAAUUUCUGUUGGAAACACCAGUGCAGUUUACAACGGGUAUGCAAUCGCAGGACAGACAUCUAUUUCUCUUCUCCGAUCUUCUUCUGGUUGGGAAGGCACGCAGUGGUGGUACCUUCAAGCUCAAGCAGACUGUCAAGAUGAGUGAACUCUGGAUAACAGCUGGACACAUCGAGGAUGUCGCCGAGACCAACAAAUCUCAAGAGACUAGUUUUGUUCUCGGCUGGCCUACGACCAAUGUUGUUGCCACUUUUAUGACGGCAGCGGCUAGAGAUCUCUGGUGGACCAAACUCGCGGAAAUCGUUCGGGGGGAGAGCAUCAAAGAGCCGUCUGACACUAAUAUCCAAGUUGUGUAUCACGAUAGUGAGACCAACACUGAAUACUGCAAAACAAUAAUGGUGAACUCAGAGAUGACCGCAUCAGCCUGCGUGAACCUGGCGACGCGUCUGCUGGAUCUCCAGGGUUCGUUCCAGCUGUGGGCGCGAACCUCUCUAGACGAGGCGCCAUAUCCUUUAAUCGGUCAAGAGCGGCCGUUCGCGAUAAAGCUGUCUAACCUGCGCCACACCCUCUCAGCCGAAGAGGGCUUUGACCUGGAGCACUGCAACAAGAGCGGACACGACACGUGCCACUUCAUUCUGCGACCGACUCUGAAGUCUCCACUGAAGAAGAGCAAAUCGAAGAUCACAGGUUUGCUCCGCCGAUCGCUGUCCCUCAAUCCAAAUAUCUUCGGGGUAAACCUCUCUCGACUAGAAGAAAACGGUCUGCCGAAGCCAGUGCAGAUGAUGUUGCAGCAGCUGUUCGCAAAGGGCCCGUUCAUCCAGGGAAUCUUCAGGAAAUCCGCCAAUGUGAGAAUUGUCCGAGAGCUGCGGGAUCAGAUUGAGUCGACCGGUGACUCGAGUUGUCUUGAAGAUGCUCCAAUAAUAGCAGUAGCUUCUCUUCUGAAGGACUUUCUCCGCUCCCUUCCCGAUCCUCUCCUGACGUCUCAUCUGUUUCCUUUGUGGAUGGCAUCCUUGGACACCAGUAACUCAGUCCAAACCAUCAAAACAAUUCUCGACAGGCUGCCAAAAGCCAACUACAAUCUUCUGUCUCAUCUGAUCUGCGUGUUGCAUCACAUCGCCAGAAGAUCGAAACAUAAUCUGAUGUGCGCAAGUAAUCUAGGGGUCUGCUGUGGCCCCAGCCUCUUGUGGUCGUCAAGCCCAACUGUCAAUCAGAGUCGAGCGAUUCCAGCCCUCACUGAGAUUCUCAUUCGAAACUGUGAGGUACUCUUCGGUGAUGGUGUAACGUUACUUUUAGGAGAAGAACGCAGCGACAGUGGCGCUGAGGAAAGCACAGACAGUCUCCACUCAGGAGGACUGUCCUUAGAUAGCCUAGACUUGACUGAACCACCGCGGAAGGACCACAUGUCCCUCUCCAGAGACUCUGGCCUCACCCUCUCCGACUGCCAGCUAUUCAUUCCCGAAUCGCCCGUCAGCUCUGAAGAUCUUGCUGUUAACGCUUCUACAUCGUUUGACAAAUCGUCGAAUGACAAGGAUAAAUCGGCCCUCAAGGCUUAUGUCAGGGUCUACACGGGUGGUUGGGAUGAUCGUCUGCAUUCGUAUCAGAAUGCGGAUCAUGGGUUUGACGGUGACAAGCAGAACUACUCGAACUCGAACCCUAAUUUCCAGAGGCAGGACUGGUUAAGGGCGCAGCUAAAGCGGACGAGGAACUCGAAGCUCGAGGAGGAGCACAGAAAGGAAAGGUUUGAAGAGAAACAUUACACCAGGGAAUACAGACAGGGAAUCCUGAAGGAAAGUAUCGAGAGUUGCAAGGAGAUCGUCUUCAGACAGCCCAGUCUCAAGGAAAGCGAGACCGAGUCGGAGGCUGAGAGAUACGAUUUCAAGAAGGAGAUGCUCUUAGAUUUCAAGAAGAGAUCAGACCUGUACACCAGGACCUCACCGGUCUCUCAGAAUGAGAGCUAUAAUUCGGAGAUUUAUGAAUUCAAGAAAGUCAAGAAUGAGAUAUAUAUCACUUUGAAUAAGGAGACACGUGGGGAGAGGUAUGACAGCAUCUAUGGGAAUAGAGAGAAUGCUGGUGAGGGCUAUGAGAGGACGGAUAUUUAUAACUUCAAGCAAGUCGAGACUAGUGAUUCUGGGGAGGAUGGCAGGACGUGGAUCGAGGAGACACCACCUCCACUGCCUCCAAGGCUCAAGCAUCUGCCGCCUGUUCAUAUGAGUCUUGAGGACAGGCACAGGAUUGCGGGAAGAUCUAAGUCCCUUCCACCUCCUCCACCGUACAGACCACCUCCUCAACCCCGGGGAAAUAUUGCCAGCAGGCAUAUAGGCUACUCUAGAUCCGUUGUUGAUGAUGAGAGCUAUGUUUGAGAUUUGGAUUUGCAUUGGAUUUUACUGGAAUAUAUUGAGAUAAACAUUCCAAAAAUCCAAAAUUCAAAUCAGAAAUUCACACUUUAUGUAGAAAUUAGAUCCAAUUUCUACGGAAGUCUGUGGAUUGAAACGUUUGAGAUGUUUGAAUGUCUCAACUUUCGGACGUGUCAGGACUUCUGAAUAAAAUUGUUUGCGAUGACUUGCAAUUAUCGGGAGAUUACUGCAAACAAACAUGACAGUCGCUCAAUUGCCGGAUUGAUCGCGUGGAAAACUCGAUCGAUUCGCAUUUACUAAAGAAUAUUUUUAUAAUAAAACGAUUGUAGAGAACGAGCCGACGUGUUAUUGGAGAUAGCUUAAAUGUAAUUUUUAUGAGAGACUUAUUUCUCGUCUUAUGACAAAUUAUUUUUCUAUUUGCAUUAUAUCAAGUGCGUUUACACCUAGUCUGAAUUAUUGUUACUCUUCAUCGUAGGGGAAACACUCAACUCAAGAAAGAUUGAUGCCAGAUUGAUGUUGAUGUUAUUAAUACAGCUGUUGAUUUAAUUCGUAAUGUGAGGGCGAAGCAAACGGAUGGAUUGUUGUGUAUAUUUUGUUUCGGGUGCUUCCAUGAGACUUGAGAUUCUUAUUGUUAUUUUUAAGAUUGAAUUCAGCUGUUGGGAGGACUAAAAUACAUCAGCGGUGACCAAACUCUUCAGAAAUCAGAAAAUUAUCCGUCUUUUUUUAUAAAGACCUUGCGCUGUCUCUGAAAAAUACUAUUCACAGUUUCUAUUAGAAUUUUAUUGAAAUAUUCUAUUUGUUUUUGUGCCAAAAUCGGAAUCGAAUAAGAUAAAGAUUUUUCUUUAUGGGAUUUUGACAAAGCGCUUGGAUAAUUUAAUCCUGAAAAUUAUUCUUUCAUUUUGUUUUAAUGGCGACCGCUGAUUUAUGAGAUUUACUAUUUUAUACGUAACGUGACAUUUAUUUUUACCAUUUAUCACGAGAGAUUUAUGAACGUAAUAAAUCUCCACAUGUUUACGAAAGCUAGGGUAAUAGAAAGAUAUACUUAUUCGAUGUAAAUAAUCUCAUGAUAUUUUUUGUCAUUACUAUUUUUAUUAUGAACGUUUAUA